AUGUUAUGUGUGUGUAUAUAUGUGGCGGGCAUUCGGCACAUGGUCGUCGACGUCCAGUUUCGAAAUAAUCACCGUCCCGACGCUCGAUCCCGACGCUCCGAUGCGAAACGCGAAUGAUUCGGUGAAAAAGUGAAAACUUUGUGCGGAACAAUCAACGAAAAUUAUAUUAAAUAUGCUCCAAAAAAGACUGUUGGGUGUCUUCUUCUAACAAGCUGCCACCGAAAUGUCAACGCCACCUAACCCUGUUCAAAUUUUGUCGAGAGUGAAGCCGAAAAAGCACCCAACCACACACCGAAUCGUAAUCAAAAGAUAGCCGAUACACCACCAAAACCAAAUCUUUCGGUGACCGAAAGACAAGAUGUUGGAUAUUUUCAGAGGUCUCAAAGUCCUCGUCAGAGUUAGUCACAUCCACACCGACUCUCCCGUUUUCAGGCUACACUAUUCUCUAACAACCAGUAUUCUCAUCGCCUGCAGCCUAAUAGUAACCACCAGACAAUACGUGGGGAACCCGAUAGACUGUAUUCACACGAAGGAUAUACCAGAAGACGUUUUUAAUACCUUUUGUUGGAUCCACUCUACUUUCACCGUCGUUCCUAGUAAACAGGAACCUUAUGCCAAUAUGUAUUUGCCGGGAAGUCCAGGAGUGAGGACUACGCACGACGAUAAAGAGAAGAAAGUGUACAAGUAUUACCAGUGGGUGUGUUUUGUUUUAUUUUUUCAAGCAAUCCUAUUCUACACACCCAGGUGGCUCUGGAAAUCGUGGGAGGGCGGCAAAAUUCACGCCUUGAUGAUGGAUCUGGACGUGGCAGUUUGCACGGAAAUCGAAAAGAAGCAGAAGAAGAAGCUGAUGAUCGACUACCUCUGGGAAAAUCUGAGGUACCACAAUUGGUGGGCCUAUAAGUAUUAUUUUUGCGAGAUUUUAGCCUUAAUAAAUGUCAUUGGGCAAAUGUUCCUGAUGAACCGAUUCUUCGACGGUGCCUUCCUAAUGUUCGGCUUCGAAGUCCUCUCCUUCAUCAACAGCGACCAAGAGGACCGCAUCGAUCCUAUGAUCCAAGUCUUCCCGAGAAUGACCAAGUGCACUUUCCAGAAGUACGGGGUGUCCGGAGAGCAAGAAAAACACGACGCCCUCUGCAUCCUUCCGCUCAACGUCGUCAACGAGAAGAUUUACAUCUUCCUCUGGUUCUGGUUCAUCAUUCUCACCAUUCUCACGUUCCUGACGGUGAUUUAUAGGAUAAUUAUCAUUUUUUCGCCGCGAAUGCGUGUUUAUUUGCUCAGGAUGCGGUAUCGGUUGGUGAGGGGGGAUGUUAUCGACACUAUAGUGCGGAGAAGUAAAAUGGGGGACUGGUUUUUGUUCUAUAUGUUGGGGGAGAACGUGGAUUCUUUGAUUUUUAGGGACGUGUUACAAGAGUUGGCGCAUAAACUAAACCGGCACGAUUUCCAUCAUGGUCCGGGGUUUAAGGGAGAAAUCCAGGAGGCGUAGUAUAUCUGGAAGAUAUUUUAGAAUCACAGUUUUAUUUAUACAAAAGAUCAAAGACUUACAGUUUUUAAUUGCAAGAAUUUUCAUCUAUUGUCUGUAGCUAUGCAUUUUCCACAAGAUAAGAGAUGGAAUUGAAUAUCAUUAAGCAAAUAUAGUCCAGGGUGGAUCUGUUUUGAAAUGGACGUUGAGAGGUUACUCUAAUUUUUUUGCAGAAAUUGCUUGGAAUUAACCCAUAUAAUAAUAAUUGAGUUAUCCUCCCACUCAAAAAGGUCCGGAACAUUGUUUAAAUAAUCAAAAUGUCAAAAAAUGAAGGGAAAAUUCGAUUUUCUUCUUCGUUUCUUCAUUAUAACUUUAAAAGUAUCCACUUCUGAGAAAAGUUGCACUAAAAUAAAAGUUGCGUAAUUAAAUUUUCUACAAUAUACGAUUAGUUAAAAUUUUUUAAAAUUGUUGCCCUUGUUGCAAAAUAGCAAUAGUUGCGAAAAAACACAAGAAAAACAAGUAUUCGUAUUUUACGUUUUUCGACCAUUUCUGCUACACUUAGGACCUUCAUAUUUCACACAGAAAAACUUUAUGAUAUGAUAAAACAAUACUGUAAAUUUAGUUAAGAUCGGUUUAAUAGAUUUUGCAAAAUAAAUUUUGCAAUCCAGCUUUCGCAAAAAAAAUCAUUUUUUCAAAAUGUUGCAGGACUGGAAAUAAAACAGAUAGCAAGUUAAAUUUUUUUUACAAAUAGAAUAAUACUGUACCUUUCAUUUGCAAUUUGCAAAAUUAAAAUCGGUUAACUACCACGGCAUAAGCAUUUUUUUAAGGAAACAUUCGUUCGAUUCACACAAGUUGAUUUCCACCAAAAUGUCUUCCAAUCUUUAUCUAAUAUAUUAUUUUCUUACUCUAUAUUUUGUUGUAUGUUCAUAUUUCAAUUCCACAAAAGUCAAACUAAUUUUAUUAUUGUUUGUGAAAAAUUGUUUAAACAAUUGCAUAUGUUUAAAAAUAAUACAUUUUUAUUUUCAAAGUUAAAAUAUAUGAAAAAAGAAAGUUUUUGCUAAAAAAGUGUUAUUUCAAAGGACAGAGUAUGUGUUUUUAUUUUGUAAUAAACAAAUUAAUUUAUUUUUUUCGAAAUGUACUAAAAAUUAAAAUUUAUCAAUCAUUAUCAAAGGUCAUUGGAAUGCCCAAUCAGAGCAAACGUAUCCGUUGUCCUGCGCGUAGCACCAAAAAUUAAUGUUUAUUUAAAAAAAUCCCUGACGCCGUGGUAGUUAACUAAUUUUAAUUUUGCAAAUUGCAAAUGAAAGGUACAGUAUUCUUUUAUACGCAAAAAAAAUCAACUUAUUGUCUGCUUUAUUUUCAGUGCUGCAACAUUUUGAAAAAAUGAAUUUUUUUUGCGAAAGCUGAAUAGCAAAAUUUAUCAAACUUAAUGAAAUUUACAGUAUUGUUUUAUGAUAUAAAGUUUUUUUUGGGUGAAAUAUGAAGGUCCUAAUUGUAGUUGAAAUAAAUGGUUGAAAAACGUAAAAUGCGAAUACCUGUUUUUUCAGGGUUUUUUUCGAAAUUAUUGCUAUUUGGUGACAAUUUUAAAAUUUUCAGUUAAUCGUAUAGUGUAGGAAAUUUAAUUACGCAACUUUUAUAUUGAUGCAACUUUUCUCGAAAGUGAAUACUUUUAAAGUUAUAAUCAAAAAACCAAGAAAAAUAGAAUUUUUCCUUAAUUUUUUGACAUUUUGAUUAUUUAAAUAAUGUUCCGGACCUUUUUGAGAGGGAGGAUAACUCAAAUAUUAUUAUUUGAGUAAUUUUCAAGCAAUUUCUGCAAAAAAAUUUGAGUCACCUCUCAACGUCCAAAUCUACUAAUAUUUUUACAGAUGCGUCCUGGUCUAAUAGCACUAAACGAUGGGUACAUCGAAUAAACAAUAAUAGUUAUUUUUGUAUCAAGGGCAUUAACUAGAUGUUUAUACAUUAAGGGCGACAAGCUUAUAAACUCGAGGGCAUCUGGCCCAAAAGUUUAUAUGUAGCCCGAGAGUAUAAACAGCUAAUAAUGCACGUAGUGCAUACAAAACUUUAUGUCAUACCGGUUCAUUGCAUCAAUUAAAGUUUUAAUUUUAUUUUAUAUUAAUUAGAAGUAAUACUAUAUCGCAGCAGGUAUUUAGUACCGUUGUUAUUGUUGUUAUUAACGUUAACAAAUCUUUUCUAUGUGACAUUGUCAGAAAAAGUCAGAAUGCAAGAGAAAUUCAAUAUUUCUGAAGAAAUAGUUAAAAAAGCCAAAAAGCGACUGAGAAUCUGUUACCGGAGAUAUUAAAAGAAACGUACGACUAGGAAUCAGAGACAUGUAAAGAGGAUAGACCAUAGAGGAUAGGGAUAUGCCACUCAAUGCAUCGAGGUGUAACGCCGACAUAGGAUUGAGUGGUCUAGCCAUCUUUGUCAGUCACAUGUCAAAAGUCUUUUGGUUAAAAGAGAUAGAUAGACCACCGAUCGACUGUUUACAUGCUGUUUCCGCGUUACGCUUUUUUGGUGAGUAUGCCGAGUUUAGGCUUAAUAUGUCAAUGCAAAGAAUACGCUAAAUUUCAACAAUGGACGGCAGAAAAUAAUACUGAAUGCGUAAAUGAGACCGUACUACUGGCAUACUUUGGAGACAUAUUUAUACUUUAUGCCCACUCGGGCAUAAAGUAUAACAUUUUGCCCCCGCGGGCAUAAUGCAUACCAUUAUGUGGUUCGUAACUAAGUAAUAAAUACAUAAUAUUAAACCGGUAUGACAUAAAUAAAAUUUUAAACGAAAAACUGGAUAAGUCCUGACACUAGUCUUUCCACCACCAGAGAAAAAACCUGUACCUUUUGCUCGAAUACAUGCACAGACAAGAUAUCAACAAAAUAAAGCCAAACACAUAAACAAAAAAAAAUGACACUUUAGAAUCAGAACAGACAAUAAGUCAAGCAAAUAUAUUAAGAACAACAAGAACCAAAAGAAAAAGCACUUUUCCAGUGGUUUAUAUACACUUACAUAGUGUAGUGACUGCACAAAAACUUACAUCGGUCAAACUGGUAGAACCUUCUAUAAACGUAUAGCUGCGCACAAAAGUGCUUUCAGUAAGAGAAAAACAGAUUUUACGUACGCACUACGUACAAGUUUAAAAAAUAAAACUGUGAUUCUAGAAUUAGACUUUUUGAAAUAUACGUUGUACAUAUUUCUUUAUUGUUGAAUUUUCGACCAAUCAUGACUUUUGUGAAACUUUUCUUCCCAGCAAAUCAAAGCCUAUGUAUAUAUUGUAUUGAUUUUCAAAAAUAUUUAUAAUAUUAAAUACUUAUUAAGUUUUUCUGUACUGCCAAAGAUCGAACAAAUGUCUUAAAUAUUAUAGGAUAUUUUCUAUUCAAACUUUAAAUUUUUUAACAGCAUUUCAAACAUACAUAAAUAUAAAUAGAAUAUUGUUAUUGGAUAUUUACUUUAAAAAUGUAAAUAAUUCAAAAUUCUGACUGUUUUAGAAUAAUUCUUUAAGUAUUAUUUGUUAUAUUGAUAUUUUUCUUCUGCUUUAAGUACCGUCUCUCAAUCGUAGGUUGGAUGUCAUUCCAAUACUCUCUCCUUCUUCCUAUUAUAUUAUCUUCCUCUUCUUAUCUUAUCUUCCUCCUCUUAUCUCUCCCUGUAUUAUCUUAGCAAUUCAUAUCGCUGUUCCCUCAUUAUAUAUGUCCCAGAUAUUGUAAAUUUCUUAUUUUUAUCAUGUUUAUUUCGUAUUCUUUGCCCAUUUCUUGCAAUACUUCCGUGCUCCUUUUCUUCUGUGUCGAUGCUAUUAUUCUAAGCAUUCUUCAGGAACACCACAUUUCAAAUGACUGUAGCUUAUUUAUGUAUUUUAGCUUCAAUGCCUAGCUUUCAAGUCCAUAGCUUAGUAUAGAAAACACAGUUUUCACACACACGUAGUUCUAAUUGUUGAAAGUCUUGAUUGCAGAUACAUAAUUGUUUUCAUUUUUACAAAAGAAUUUUUUGCUAUUUCUACCCUGGCCCUUAUUUCUGUUGUUUGAUUAUAAUUUUCUGAAAUCCAGGUUCUCAGGCAUCUGUAUUUUUCAAAACUUUCUAUCGCUAUAUCUUCCAAUUGUACGUUUGUUUGUAUAUUAGUCCAGGGUUCAUCUGUUUUGAGAUGGACGUUAAGAGGUGACUCAUAUUUUUUUGCAGAAAUUGCUUGGAGUUAACUCAUAUAAUAAUAAUUGAGUUAUCCUCCCACUCAAAAAGGUUCGGAACAUUGUUUAAAUAAUCAAAAUGUCAAAAAAUGAAGGAAACAUUCGAUUUUUUUCUUUGUUUUUUGAUUAUAACCUUAAAAGUAUUCACUUCCGAGAAAAGUUGCACUGAGAUAAAAGUUGCGUAAUUACAUUUCUUAUAACAUAAGAUUGGCUAAACAUUUUAAAAAUUGUCACCCUUGUUGUAAAAUAGCAAUAAUUGCGAAAAAAACAUAACAAAACAAGUAUUUGCAUUUUACGUUUUUCAACCAUUCAUGCUACACUUAGGACCUUCAUAUCUUACCCAGAAAAACCUUUUGUGAUAUAAUAAAAUAAUACUGUAAAUUUCAUUUAGAUCGGUUUAAUAUAUUUUGCAAAAUAAAUUUUGAAAUCCAGCUUUCUCAAAAGAAAUUUAUUUUUUCAAAAUGUUGCAACACCAAAAAUAAAGCAGAUAGAAAGUUGAAAUUUUUUUUCCAUAUAGAAGAACACUGUAUCUUUCAUAUGCAAUUUGCAAAAUUAAAAUAGGUUAACUACCACGGCGGCGUCAGGAAUUUUUUUAAAUAAACAUUAAUUUUUGGUACUACGCGCAGGACAGCGGUGUUCGAUUCACCCAAGUUGAUUUCCACCAAAAUUUCUUCCAAUCUUUAUCUAAUAUAUUAUUUUCUUACUCUAUAUUUUGUUGUAUUUUAAUAUUUUAAUUCCACAAAAAUCAAACUAAUUUGAUUAUUGUUUGUGAAAUAUUGUUUAAACAAUUGCAUAUGUUUAAAAAUAAUAAACUUUUAUUCUCUAAGUUAAAAUAUAUGAACAAAGAAAGUUUUUGCUAAAAAAGUGUUAUUUCAAAAGACAGAGUAUGUGUUUUUAUUUUGCAAUAAACAAAUUUAUUUAUUUAUAUCGAAAUGUACUAAAAAUUAAGAUUUAUCAAUCAUUAUCAAUGGUCAUUGGAAUGCCCAAUCAGAGCAAACGUAUCCACUGUCCUGCGCGUAGCACCAAAAAUUAAUGUUUAUUUAAAAAAAUUCCUGACGCCGUGGCAGUUAACCGAUUUUAAUAUUGCAAAUUAAAAAUGAGAGGGACGGUAUUCUUCCAUAUGUAAAAAAAUCAACUUGCUGUCUACUUUAUUUUCAGCCCUUUUUGCAACAUUUUGAAAAAUCUAAUUCUUUUUGCGAAAACUGGAUUGCAAAAUUUAUUUUGCAAAAUCUAUUAAACUGAUCUUAAUGAAAUUUACAGUAUUGUUUCAUUAUAUCAUAAAGUUUUUCUGGAUGAAAUAUGAAGGUCCUAAGUGUAGCAUAAAUGGUUGAAAAACGUAAAAUGCGAAUACUUGUUUUUUAUGGCUUUUUCGCAAUGAUUGCUAUUUUGCAACAAGGGUGACAACUUUUAAAAUUUUUAGCUAAUCCUACAUUGUAGGAAAUUUAAUUACGCAACUUUUAUGUUGUUGCAAUUUUUCUCGGAAAUUAAUACUUUUAAAGUUAUAAUCAAAAAACGAAGAAAACAAUUGAAUUUUUCCUUAAUUUUUUGACAUUUUGAUUAUUUAAACAAUGUUCCGGACCUUUUUGAGUGGGAGGAUACCUCAAAUAUUAUUAUACGAGUUAUUUUCAAGCAAUUUCUGCAAAAAAAUUAGAGUCACCUCUCAACAUCCAAAUGUACUAAUAUUUUUACAGAUGCACCCUGGUCUAUAUUGUUUGUUUUUCACAAAAACUUGUUUAUAGUCUGUUCGCUAAACUCAGACGCAACUUUCUAGAUAUUUUAGUCGGUAAUUUUGCCAAUUUUAGCAAAAUUGGCAAAAAAUAAUUUUUAAAUAGUUAAUAAUCACUAAAUAUUUAGUAAUUUUGCCAAUUUUUGCAAAAUUGGCAAAAAACAAAAAAAAUAUCGACUAAAAUAUCUAGCCAGAUGCGUCUGAGUUUAGUAAACCGACGUAGUAGUUAGAGUUGUUUAGCAGAGCUUGCCAUAAUCACGGUGUCUUUGCAUAUCCUACGUUGUCAAUAUUUUUUCCGUUAGUUAUUUUUACAUAUUGAUAUUACCAUAAUAAAUUUAUUAUACAUAUAUGUAUAAUCUUCAUUUUUGAAUAAGUAGUAAUAGACCAGGACGCAUAUGUAAAAAUAUUAGUACAUUUGGACGUUGAGAGGGACUCCAAUUAUUUUGUAGAAAUUGCUUGGAAAUAAAUCAAUUAAUAAUAUUUGAGUUAUCCUCCCUCUCAAAAAGGUCCGGAACAUUGUUUAAAUAAUCAAAAUGUCAAAAAAUUAAGGAAAAAUUCGAUUUUUUUCUUCGUUUUUUGAUUAUAACUUUAAAAGUAUUCAUUUUCGAGAAAAGUUGUACUGACAUAAAAGUUGUGUAAUUAAAUUUCCUACAAUAUGGAUUUGGUUAAAAGUUUAAAAAAUAGUCACCCUUGUCGCAAAACAGCAAUAAUUGCGAAAAAACCAUACAAACACAAGUAUUUGCAUUUUACGUUUUUCAACCAUUUAUGCUACAUGUAGGACCUUCAUAUAUCACCCAGAAAAACUAUAUGAUACCGUAAAACAAUACCGAAAAACUUCAUUAAGAUCGGUUCAAAUAGAUUUUGCAAAAUAAAUUUUGCAAUCCAGCUUUCGCAAAGAAAAUUCAUUUUUUCAAAAUGUUACAGGACUGAAAAUAAAGCAGAUAUCAAGUUGAAAAUUGUUUGCAUAUAGAAGUGUACUGUACCUUUCAUUUGCAAUUUUGCAAAAUUAAAAUCAAUUAACACCACAGCGUCAGGAUUUUUUUUAAUUAAACAUUAAUUAUUGGUGCUACGCGCUGGACAGCGGAUAGUUUGCUCUGAUUGGGCAUUUCAAUGACCUUUGAUAAUGAUUGAUACAUUUUAAUUUUUAUUACAUUUCGAUAUAAAUAAAUAAAUUUGUUUAUUGCAAAAUAAAAACACAUACUUUGUCAUUUGAAAUAACACUUUUAUUAGCAAAAACUUUCUUUGUUAAUAUAUUUUAACUUAGAGAAUAAAAGUUUAUUAUUUUGAAACAUAUGCAAUUGUUUAAACAAUAUUUCACAAACAAUAAUAAAAUUAGUUUGAUUUUUGUGGAAUUAAAAUAUUAAAAUACAACAAAAUAUAGAGUAAGAAAAUAAUAUAUUAGAUAAAGAUUGGAAGAAAUUUUGGUGGAAAUCAACUUGUGUAAAUCGAACACCGCUGUCCUGCGCGUAGCACCAAAAAUGAAUUUUUAUUUAAAAAAUUUUCUGACGCCGUGGUAAUUAAUCGAUUUUAAUUUUGCAAAUUUCGAAUGAAAGGUACGGUACACUUCUAUAAGCAAAAAAAAUUUCAACUUGCUAUCUGCUUUAUUUUCAGUCCUGUAACAUUUUGAAAAAAUGAAUUUUUUUUGCGAAAGCUGGAUUGGAAAAUUUAUUUUGCAAAAUCUAUUAAACCGAUAUUAAUGAAGUUUACAGUAUUAUUUUACUGUAUCAUAAAGUUUUUUUGGAUGAAAUAUGAAGGUCCUAAGUGUAGCAUAAAUGGUUGAAAAACGUAAAAUGCCAAUACUUGUUUUUGUAUGUCUUUUUCGCAAGUAUUGCUAUUUUGCAACUAGGAUGACUAUUUUUUAAAUUUUUAACCAAUUCUAUAUUGUAGGAAAUUUAAUUACGCAACUUUUAUGUUAGUACAACUUUUCUCGAAAAUGAACACUUUUAAAGUUAUAAUCCAAAAACGAAGAAAAACAUCAAUUUUUCCUUCAUUUUUUUUACAUUUUGAUUAUUUAAACAAUGUUCCGGACCUUUUUGAGAAGGAUAACUCAAAUAUUAUUAUUUGAUUUAUUUCCAAGCAAUUUCUGCAAAAAAAUUUGAGUCACCUCUCAACGUCCAUCUUAAAACAGAUGCGCCUGGACUAUAAUAGAAACAAUGUUACAAAAGUAUUGAUCUUGAAUUUAUUCUAUAAUAUUUAAGAUUUUUUUUUAAGUUUCUAGUCAAUCCCAUAGCUUAAGCCAAACAACAAUCUUUAGAUAGAACAAGAAUUUUUCAAAAUGUUUGUAUCUCUAGCUUUUUUGUUAUUUAUUAUUGUACAUUCCUAGUUAUUAAACAAAAUCUACGUCUUCUGUAAGCCACGCUGUGUGAGAUGACAAUAUUAGUAUAACUGUACUCUAAGAAUUUGUUACCGAUUUAUACACCUAGUUGAAAAAUUUUGUAUUUCGAAUGUAAUAAAGAAAAUCCUACUUAUUUGUA